AUGGGAGCAGAGAAGAUCUUUGACAAUAAAGAUUCAUCUUUGGAGACUAAAGGCCAAGUCUCCACGGUGGGUUUGCAAAUGAAACUGGAAUUACUCCAGCGUAAGUUGUGGAUGACUGCCCAGCAGCCUAAUGACACAGAUUGUAGCAGUGUGGAUGGCCAGUGUCCCUUGAGCUGCCAGGAUGAGAAUCUCAGUUGUUUCCUCAUUGAUAAUAACGGAUUCAUACUUGUUUCUAAAGUUUCCAAACAGAUUGGAACAUUUUUCGGAGAGGUGGAUGGCUCAGUUAUGGCUCAGCUCAUAAACAUGGGAAUGUUCAAAAAGGUGAAAAUGUUUGAUUACCAAGCCAUGUGUAAAUCGUCCCACCAUCACCACAGUGGUGCCCGCCCUCUUCUUAGUCCGUUUUAUGCCUUAUUGGCAGCAGUAAAGUGGCUGAUAACUGAUUGCCUCUUAUUCCUUUUGGAAUUCAACAUAUCUAAUUUCUGGCACACAGACAACUUCGCUGAUGCUAAGUCUGUCUUCCAUCAUGCUCACAAGCAUAAGAAGCAUGACACACUGCAGCCAUGUGACACAGAAUAUCCAGUAUUUGUAUAUGAACCUUCUAUCAAAGAGACCAAUGGGAUCAUUGAAUGUGGAGAUUGUCAGAAGAUGUUUGUGGUGCAGCAAAUUACCAGAAGCAACCUCUUGUUCCUGGUUACAGAUACUGCCUGUGAUUGCAGCAUCUUCCCUCCUGUUCUCCUGCUUCCUAAAGAAGUCAAAUAUAUCCUUCUGCUGAACAAAGGUUUUGCUGGACUCUACAGCACUGUCACAUUUCAGCUGCUAAGUAAUAAUAGACACAGAUUGCCCAAAGGCUUAGUAAGUGAUGACUGGCCAAGAAAACUCCUAGGCUAUGAAGCCAGCCCUGAUGGCUGA